AUGAAAAAAGAAGAUGAUAAUGAAUCUACAUCAACAAUCACUAGUGUAUCUGCUGCUGCUGCUGCUGCUGCUAAUCUCCCUCGCACUUUUAAGUAUUUACUAGCAACACAGUUUCUAUCUAGAGGAAUCCCCUUCAUUUUCAAUUCAUGGAUUGUCAGACAUUUAACCGAACAGGAUUACGCUCUGUAUGCUGUGCAGUUCCAUCUAUUUGUGACGUGUGUCUUGUUCCUUAGCCGAGAGGGUUUUCGGAGAGCAUGCAUGAGGGCAGAUAUUAGAUGUGAAGGUACUUUAACGGAUGAAAAUGCUGCAAAGCUGUUGAAGUUAGCCUGGAUCACUAUCCCCUGGGGAGUGAUUAUUACAAUUAUUGGAUGCGUGUUUGUCUUCUGGAUGCAAGCUUUAAGUUUCUCAAAUGCAUAUGCGCAAGCCAUCUUAAUUAAUGCUUUUGCAUGUAUAUUGGAGCUACUGGCAGAACCCCUGUAUAUACUUUCACAAAAUCUACUUCUUCUCAAACUUCGGUUGAUGGUUGAAACUGCUGCAACUCUUUUGCGAUGCAUAACAGUUUACGUCUUCAUCGUCAUGCAGAUUGAUGUGGAGAGGGCAAUUGUAUUUGCCUUGUCUCAGACUGCAUACGGAGGAUGCAUUUUCCUGUGCUAUUGGGGUUAUUUCUUGCUUCUGCAUGGAUAUACAUUUUCUGUUCUGUUUCCUUUCAGGGUAGGAAACUAUGAUAAAAAUCUUUCAAAAAUGUGUACGUUAUUUACCCUUCAGUCGUUCCAAAAGUUGAUUCUUCAAGAAGGAGAAAAGAUGGUUCUUGUGUGGUUUGAUACUCCAUAUAACCAAGCUGUAUAUGGGCUCGUAGACAAAUUAGGUAGCUUAGUGGUGAGGUUGGUGUUGCUUCCUUUUGAAGAAAGUUCGUAUACAACAUUUGCAAGGUCUGCAUCAGGAGAGGACAUGCACAAAAAAAGAAGAUUGCAGACUUCCCUAAGGGAUGCUUUAAAGCUUGUUACCUUAAUAGGAUUGAUAUUUAUGGCAUUUGGGCCCAGCUUUUCUUAUUCACUCAUAAGAUUGUUAUAUGGUCGCAAAUGGAGUGAUGGAGAAGCCUCUGCAGCUCUUCGAUAUUAUUGUUUGUAUGUCGUUGUUCUGGCUAUGAAUGGAACAUCUGAAGCCUUCUUGCACGCAGUUGCAACAGAGGAUCAACUCAAACGUUCAAACAAUUCACUGGUUUUGUUUUCAGUGAUCUAUGUAGUCCUCAACAUCCUGCUCAUCCGAUCAGCUGGUGCAGUAGGAUUGAUAUUUGCAAAUGCUCUGAAUAUGGUUUUUCGGAUAAUUUACUCUGCCGUUUUUAUCAGGCGAUACUUUCAGGAUUCUUCAUCAUUUUCUUUCGACAGCUGUUUACCUGCUGGUUGGACAAUUUUGUUGAUUUCAAGUGCUGUGACCCUCGUAUCUGAAAAAGUAUUUCUGGACCGUGAUAACUUCUGGCCAACAUUUUGCAUACACUUUUCAAUUGGGUUUACUUGCUUCUGUGUUUCAUCAUUUGUAAUUUACCACCGCGAGAGAUCUUUCAUCAAUAAAGUUGUUCGCUUCCGUGAACAUUCUGACUGACACCAAGUGGAUUUAGGCAAACAAGAUCAUGAAGGGAAAACAGCUUUCUUACCGUGGAACGAUCUUGAUCAAAAGCUUGUAGGACCAUUCACUGCAUACUAUCUUACUUUUUCAGGUUGCAAAGAGUCUCGCAUAUUGUUUUAAUAGUCUUACAGAAAUGCCGGUACCCUUUGAAUGACUUCCAAACCAUGGUUAUAGAGCUAUUUGACAUAUCAUUUAUCUGACUAAAUUCCGCCUAAAAUAGCCACAAUGUAUUUCCAUCAUUUUGUUAACCAAAUCAAUUCAGUCUUUGUUCCCAUAUCGUUUCCGUUAUCUUACAAUUUUUCCUUUGAGACUUGCCUGGUGGAUAUGACUAUUUUCAAGCAGAUCUGGUUUAUCCUGAGCUUACCUCUAAAACCUUUUCAAAAACAAGAUUGGCGAAGGUAUGCAAGAUUUAUAUUACUGCUAGGAUAGAUGCCUCUGAGAUCAUGUAGAUUUCAAUACCUAUGUCCAUCUGUGGAAAAUGUUAUAUUGAAUCUUGAUUUUUGAAAUGUAGCUAAAAACAGAAACGGGUAUAUACCAAGUUUUUUAGUCUGUACCUCGAUGCUCGUCUUUUUUUUUGCAUUUCCUCCUGGAAUGCAUCCAUACUUUUAAAUUUUCAACGGAAUAGUUUAGCAAAUGUAACGUAUACCAUCCGUUACUAUCAGUUAUAUUCCGAAAAAACCCACUGGGGUCAUAUGAAUACUGACGUCCAUUCAGAGAUCUGAAUGUGCAGUGGCACUGAUGAUUGAGAUCGACUGCAACUAUAACUCAUGUGGAUAUGGAAGACAUUUUUUAUGACUUGACUUUGGACAAUUGAAGUGAUUUGCAUACAAAUUUUUGAUGUGUACACUAAAUAUAUGCAUUAGAGUGUUGUAUCACAUGCAUUGAAUUGGUGAUAUGCCCAAAAGGCCAAAACUAUGUUGUACAAAUCACAUCAAUAUCUACUUUUAUUGCAUAUGGUAUUAUUAAACUCGUAAAAUAUUUAUUCCAAUCACGAGUGAUGAUUAUUAACCUA